AAACAAUACCUACUCAUCCAUCUCACCAUCAAAUUAAUAUAUACCUAUAUUGAUACUAAUUAAUUUCUCAUACAAAUUCAAAAUGAGCAAAUCCAACAUGAGUGCAACAACUAAAGCUUGGAUAGUGGCAUCAAGCAUUGGAACUGUGGAGGCCUUAAAAGAUCAAUUGGGGGUUUGUAGGUGGAACUAUGCUUUGAGGUCAAUGCAACAACAUGUCAAGAACCAUAUUAGAUCAUACACUAAGGCUACAAAUUUGUCUAAUUCUCCAUCUUCUGCUGUAGUUUCCAACAAAGGGAAGAGAAGCAAAGAAGAUUCUAUGAAGAAAGUCAUGGACCUAAGUUGUUGGGGUCCAACUACUAUAAGAUUUUAAUUAUCUAAGAUGUUAGAAUUGUGAAUAGUGACGGCAUGUGUGAAAUCAUUUUUGUUGUUGUUGAGAUAAGAUAAGUAUCACUACAAUUAUCUCAUACAAUUGUAAAUCUUAGUACUUGACAUUUAACUCAACAAGAAGUCAUUCUUAGUUGUCCUACAAUCUCAAUUAUAUAUUCAUUAGUUCAAUUUAGUAAGGAUAUGAUAAAUGGUGUUGGUGAAGUAUUCGCCAGAGAUUGUGCUUUGCAAGCUCAAAAUAGUUUUGUAAAUUUGCUAAGACUAAAAUAUGAAUUAUUUAGGAAUUUCCAUCAA